GACACCAACGCCGACGACGACGUGAACCAGCACUCGCCUAGCACCAUGGAAUCCCUUCGCUACCUCGGCUCGAUGGCCGGCCACAAGGGCUGGAUCACUGCCAUUGCCACCUCCUCAGAAAACCCUGACAUGAUCCUCACCGCGUCUCGUGACAAGACCAUCAUCGUCUGGCAGCUCACCCGUGACGAGGAUCAAUACGGUUACCCGAAACGCAUCCUCCACGGCCACAACCACUUCGUCUCCGACGUUGUCAUCUCCUCCGACGGCCAAUUCGCUCUCUCCUCGUCGUGGGAUCACACGCUCCGUCUGUGGGAUCUGAACACUGGCAAUACUACCCGUCGCUUCGUCGGCCAUACCUCCGAUGUCCUCUCCGUCAGCUUCUCUGCCGACAACCGUCAGAUUGUCUCUGGUUCGCGCGACAGGACAAUCAAGCUGUGGAACACCCUCGGUGAGUGCAAGUACGACAUCAAGGAUGACGGCCACACCGAGUGGGUAUCGUGUGUGCGCUUCAGCCCCAAUGUCUUGAAUCCCGUCAUUGUCUCUUGCGGAUGGGACAAGGUCGUAAAGGUCUGGGAGCUUUCGAAGUUCAAGCUCAAGACCAACCACUACGGUCAUACCGGCUACAUCAACACCGUCUCUGUCUCGCCUGACGGUUCCCUCGCUGCGUCCGGCGGCAAGGACGGCAUCACCAUGCUGUGGGACCUUAACGAGGGCAAGCACCUCUACUCCCUUGAGGCUGGCGACGUUGUCAACGCCCUUGUGUUCUCUCCCAACCGCUACUGGCUCUGCGCGGCGACCGCGUCCUGCAUCAAGAUCUUCGAUCUUGAGAGCAAAUCCAUCGUCGAUGAUCUAAAGCCGGACUUCGCUCAGAGCCCUAAUGCACGCGAGCCUGAGUGUGUCUCUAUCGCCUGGUCUGCUGACGGCCAGACGCUGUUCGGUGGCUUCACUGACGACCUCGUCCGUGUGUGGACCGUCGUCUCAUGAGCCGUUCAUGCCUUCUCUUCAUGACGAUCUAUACGGCGUACCUUAUUUCCUUCACGAGAAAAGUGCACGGGCGCACUGCUGGUCAGCAGGCCACAUUCACAUUUUGGGGGACGAUGAUUGUAUGUACGCUCAGCGGGAUGUGUGUUCUCUUCGCGCUCUACUGCAGUAGCCCCAAAAUUCAAGCUUUGCUUCGCACAUCCACAUUAAUAUUCGGAGCUGCACGAGAGAAGCAGAAUCUUGCGAUCUAUCUGACGGUCCAUAUACAGUCAGAGGAUGAGCAUCAUGCAUGCACCUUCCCUGCCUGUACGCCACCGGCUAACAAGGAUGGAGAUAAAUACGACAGUAACGUCCAUUCCGUUCGAUGCAUGCCAACAUAGCGUACGAGAAUGCACCAUCCCUCCUCUCGUUCCCCACCAGAGUGUCCGCCCGUCCGGUGAAAACCCCAUACAUGUGGGGAGAUCUCUACGGUCCCAAGCAAACCGAACACAGGUAAUCAACGGCCAAUCUGCGACCUUAUGCAGUCGUAACCUCGAGUGUUCGCCCGAAGCGAGGUCGCAUUGCAACUUCGAGGCCUGCAGUCUACUCGAGUCAUCCAAAGCACUUAGAGUCACGGACUGAAGUAGAAGCUGCAACCUGUCAGUCCAAGGGUCUUCUGGGGUUGCUACGUUGACUUUGGGCAUGUAGGGCGAGUUGCCGUCGUAUCCUGCGAGCGUGUGGCCCCGCGCCUCCGCAACGCAAGGGGGACCAAAGUCCCGCGUGCAGGGCGUGAAAUCGACCGCGUGGUGCAUAUCCAGCGAACGUCCCGCAAGCAACGCAUGGCCCGACUCUACGCUCUGCCCGGAACUGCAAUACCUCGAACGUCUGUGCGUCCCGGACCUCAUGAUAGAGUGCCCUGUGUGGUCGAGGUGCACGGAUAUGAGACGCCUGCCGUCAGAUGUCCAUCGGCAGUCG